AUGCCACAGCCGUACUGCACGCAGAUCCUGGGUGAUUUGGGUGCAGAAGUCAUCAAAAUCGAGCAUCCCACUCGUGGCGAUGAUACAAGGGCAUGGGGACCACCUUUUGCCCAUUACCAAGACGGUACCAUAUCAAAAGGCGGUCCGCCGGGGGAGAGCGCGUACUUUAUCGGCGUAAACCGUAACAAGAAAUCCGUCGGGCUCUCAUUCCAACAUCCGGAUGGUGUCAAGAUAUUGCAUGAAUUGGCGAAGACCUCCGAUGUCCUCGUGGAGAAUUACAUCCCCGGCGCGCUGAAGAAAUAUCAACUCGAUUAUGAAUCCAUGCAAAAGAUUAACCCUCGCCUCAUCUACGCCUCAAUCACGGGCUAUGGCCAGUACGGCCCCUACAGUCCCCGCGCCGGCUACGACGUCAUGGUCGAAGCAGAAAUGGGCCUCAUGCACAUCACAGGCGAACGCCAGGGAUCGCCCGUGAAAGUGGGCGUCGCUGUCACCGACCUCACCACAGGCCUCUACACUUGCAACGCGAUCAUGGCAUCACUUCUCGCCCGCCAGAAGACGAAUAUUGGCCAACACCUCGACGUGGCACUCGCCGACUGCCAGGUCGCAACGCUCGCCAACAUCGCGUCCUCGGUCCUGAUCAGCGGCGAACGCGACGGCGGGCGCUGGGGCACCGCACACCCCUCGAUCGUGCCGUACAAGGGUUUCAAGACGGCCGACGGCGACGUGAUGCUCGGCGGCGGCAACGAUCGCCUCUUCGGAGUAUUGUGCGACAGGAUCGGACGGCCCGAGUGGAAAACGGAUGCGCGCUUCGUGACGAACGAUGCGCGGGUGCGGAAUCGAGACAUCCUUGAAAGUCUUAUUGAGGACAUCACCAAGACGAAGAAGACGGGGGAAUGGCUGGCGAUUCUUGAGGGGAGUGGGAUGCCUUAUGCCGCGAUUAACGAUGUCAAGGAUACGCUGGACCAUGAACAUGUGAGGGCUCGGGGCAUGGUUACUGAGAUUGAGCACGAGAGUUGUGGGAUGAUCCGGCUCGUGAGUCCGCCGGUCAAAUAUAGCGGGAGCGUCACGCAAGUGAGGACCGCACCGCCGACCCUGGGGCAGCAUACAGAUCAUGUUUUGGCGGAGAUCUUGGGAAUGGCAGGAAGUGAGGUCGAGAGGUUGAGGACGCGAGGUGUCGUUGCGUAG